CGGAGCAACCGAGCUUGGCAAGUAGGCGAGCGGGCGCGAUGAACGGCGGCGGGAGCGGGAGCGGGAGCAGGCGAGGAGGGGCCGGAGGCGAUGAGAGCGGCGGCGAGCAGGACGGUGGCCUGCGGAAGCCGUUGCUGCUGAACACGGGGAGCUGGUACAGGAUGGGAUCGCGGUCCAGCCUCGCCGCCUCCUCCAUGGCCGCCAUCCGGGAGUCCCACGUCUCGGCCUUCCUCUGCACGCUCAUCGUCGCCCUCGGCCCCAUCCAGUUCGGCUUCACCAGCGGCUUCUCCUCCCCCACCCAGGACGCCAUCAUCCGCGACCUCAAGCUCUCCAUCUCCGAGUUCUCGGCUUUCGGCUCGCUAUCCAACGUCGGCGCGAUGGUUGGGGCGAUUGCCAGCGGGCAGAUGGCUGAGUACAUUGGCCGGAAAGGGUCAUUGAUGAUAGCGGCAGUUCCUAACAUCAUUGGUUGGCUUGCCAUCUCCUUUGCAAAAGACGCGUCAUUUCUGUACAUGGGACGUUUGCUUGAAGGUUUUGGUGUUGGUGUAAUAUCAUACACGGUGCCAGUCUACAUUGCAGAGAUAUCUCAUCAGAACACAAGAGGAGCACUUGGCUCCGUGAACCAGUUGUCUGUUACCAUUGGUAUCUUGUUGGCCUAUUUGCUAGGCAUGUUUGUUCCUUGGAGGCUGCUAGCAGUGAUAGGAAGCAUCCCAUGUACAUUGUUAAUACCUGGUCUAUUCUUCAUUCCAGAAUCUCCACGGUGGCUGGCAAAAAUGAAAAUGAUGGAUGAUUUCGAGGCUUCUCUACAAGUUUUGAGGGGGUUUGAGACUGACAUUACUGCAGAAGUCAAUGAUAUAAAGAGGGCAGUAGCAUCAGCAAACAAAAGGACCACAAUCAGUUUUAAAGAGUUGAACCAAAAGAAAUACCGCACUCCCUUACUAAUAGGAACUGGCCUUCUUGUACUUCAAAAUCUAAGUGGAAUAAACGGUAUUCUGUUUUAUGCAAGUAGAAUAUUCAGGGAUGCAGGGUUUACAAACAGUGACUUGGCCACAUGCGCCCUAGGAGCAAUUCAGGUUCUUGCAACUGGAGUUACAACAUGGUUACUAGACAGAGCUGGUCGACGGAUACUCCUAAUUAUCUCUACUGCUGGGAUGACUCUAAGCCUUCUUGCAGUUGCUGUUGUAUUUUUUCUCGAGGGUAAUACUUCACAUGAUUCCCACUCGUACUAUAUCUUAAGUAUGAUCUCCUUGGUUGCUCUUGUGGCUUAUAUCAUCACAUUUUCCUUUGGUAUGGGUGCCAUUCCAUGGGUUAUGAUGUCUGAGAUCCUUCCGGUUAGCAUCAAGAGUCUUGGGGGAAGUUUUGCAACACUUGCCAACAUGCUUACAUCCUGGGCAAUAACAAUGACAGCAAAUUUGUUACUCAGCUGGAGUGCUGGAGGGACCUUUUUGUCCUACAUGAUUGUGAGUGCUUUCACUCUCGUGUUUGUCAUCCUUUGGGUGCCAGAGACGAAGGGAAGAACCCUGGAGGAGAUACAGUUUUCGUUUCGCUGAGUUUUGUGUUUCUCGUUGCAUCCUGUGGUUACUCCAGUUGAGUAUAAGGAAAGGAUUUACAGAUUUACUUGUACAAUCAGGAACCUUGGAUUUUCUUUUACCAAGAAAUUACUGGUUGAAGGCCAAUAAUUUUUUUUUCUGUUUAUCUUUUGUAUAUUCCUGUGCAAUAUUAAUUCAGUUAUGUCCAGCUGGCUUGUAAAUGCUAGUGUAGUGGCUCAAAUCAAAUUGCUCUCUUCUUGUGUCCACAUUACUGCUAUUUGAAUCCCUACUGCUUUGAAGAUAUUUUUCAAUAUUUCUA